AUGUUUUUCUUUUGCUGUUUCGCAAGCUGGCAACAAUAAUUUGAACUUUUAAAAAUACCAUUUUUUCGAAUGUUCUUCCUACAAGUCUUUUGAAGAAAUAUUAUUUAUUUGAUCCCAGAUUUACUCCUUUUAUCUAACCAAUUGAAAAAUUAAAUCAUGUCUUCAACAUCCCAAAAGCACAGGAAUUUUGUUUCUGAACCUAUGGGUGAAAAAGCUGUAAAUGAACUUGCUGGAAUUGGUGAUGUCAUUGGUAAAAGAUUAGAAGCAAAAGGUUUUGAUAGAGCAUAUAUUGUCCUUGGCCAGUUUUUAGUACUGAAGAAACAUAAAGAGUUGUUUAUUGAUUGGAUGAAAGACAUAUCUGGAGCAAAUGUUAGGCAGGCAUCUGAAUGCUAUCAAUGCCUUUCAGACUGGUGUGAUGAAUUUUUGUAAAGCAAUCAUUUCUUUAAUUGCUAUCUGUUUUGUAAAUAGUACUGUACUAUUCUGACCUUUUAAUAAAAUAAUUUUUAGGUCUCUAUUCGGCUUAAGAAUUUUUAAAUGCAUUUUAGGCUAUGUUAAUACGCAUAUUAUUCUUGUUUACAUGUAUUUCUGAGUUAAAAAAUAUUUCACCUUGUCCUAAUCAGUAUUUCAUCAUUUAUGUUUAUAUUCUUAUGUACUAAAUGUCUCAAUUUGGUUAUUUUAAUGUGAAAAAUGAAGUUAUGUGAAAGUAAAUAUUCUAUGGAAAUAAAAGUGCCACAGAUAUUUAUUUUUUAUGGAAAUAAUGAAAUAAAUUUUAAAAUGAUAUUAACAAAUUGUAUAGUAUUUUCUAUAGUUCUGUUUGAUGUGCGUAAUAAAAUGGUAAUUUUAUACUUAUGUUGUUAAAGCUUGUAUAUGUAUUGAAGAUCUGCUAUUAUAGAGUAUAUAACAUUUAAAUAAUGGUGAAAUAUCGGCUGCUUAUUUUUCUUAAUUUAUUUUAUCUGCCUCUUUUUAUCAACUGUUUAACAACAUUUUUUAAAUAUUAGGUUGUGAAAAAUUAGUUUUAAACUGAAUGUAAAUGUAUUGAUUACAUUUAUUCUGACCUUAUAAUAAUAAAGUUUUUUGCCUUUA